CGCCGGUGAAGGCGCUUCGAUCAGGUGAUUAGGUGAUAUACGGACACGUCGAAUUGAUAAAACGUGCAAGACGGCACGAAUUUGCUGGCGCAAUCACACCACCCGGGCAUCCAUAUCCUUAGCCUGGUCGGCUACGCGAACCGCUUCUUUGGCGCGAUUGUUCCCGGGGGUGGAUAUGAGUCCCGUGAUACAGAUGCUCUCGCACCCACAACACCUGCUGCGAAAUCCAGCUGCCGACGUCUUCGCACGCUGCUCCACGGCGCUAAAAGAAUCAGCGCCAUGGGCGAUAGUCGCAGCCAUCUUCCACUGGCUCACUAGCACCAUCCAAGCCAUCCUCCACGGCGCACUCGUGGCCGCCACGAUUGUACUAGCAGCGCUGCUGCUCUCCGCCACCGCACGCACACUCCUCAAGCUGCACCGUCUCCACCAGCCCGUCCGGCAGCAACGCGCACUGCGCGCACAGCGCCAGGGGCUCGCAGCCGAAAACAGAGCGCGCUGCGUCGCCGCCGCACGCCGCGAGCAGACCUACCAAGCGGUCCUCGAGCGCGAGCGUGAAAUCCAGCGCCAGCAGGCCGCUCAGCAAGCCCGCCACCGCGCCGCCGCUCAAGAACUCCAGCGCCAACGCCAGCACGCAGCGCAGCAGGCCCGCCACCGCGCCGCCGCCGACCACCUCGCGUACAUGCAGUGGCGGGCGCGUACCGAAGCGCUGCUCAGCGCCCGCGAGACAAUGACGCGCUUCCCCGCGCCGCCGUUCUGGCCGUGCGCACGCGCAUGUCGGCCGCUCGGUGCGCUGGGCGCGUGUCCGCACUCGCUUGAGCGCCUGUACCGGGCGGCGGGCGGGAGCUUCGAGGAGCUGCUGAAAGCUGAGAAGCGCAGAUGGCAUCCGGAUCGUUUCGAGAGGUGUCCGGUGGCGGGGCGGGAGGGCAUCAAGGAGAUGGCGCAGGGCAUGUUUGUGCUUGUUCAGGGGCUGUUGGGGGAGUAGGGGGGUGGGGGUGGGGGUUGGUGAAUAGUCGUUUUACCGUCCUGCUAUGAGGUACAAAAGGAUUUGAAAACUGCAUCUUUGUCGAAUUGGUCUGAUGCUCGCUGGUGUGCGUGACUACGUGUUUCUGGGCUCGUUGGCGUGCGGUGGUGUUCAAGACGGGCGUGUUGGGAAGACAGUCUACGUGUGUCCGCCAUUGGUGCGGUUGAAGGGUCUAAAACCCCACCGUACACGUCG